GUCAAGUUAGGAAUGCGAUUAAGGACAGUGGAUUCUCAACGACAUCUAGAAGGUGUAUAAAGUCCGAGUUUACCCCAAAGCGAUACACAUAAUUCCGCAGAUUCCGGAGAUACUAUUAGCUCCCGGCCAAUUAUUUUUCGAAUAGGGGUUUCUUUGCAUGCUUGGUAAUCUUAAAUCCGACGGAACAAGAUUUCCAAUCCCGAGUCGGGUUGGCUAUUCAGAUAUCUGACGAUAUAAGGUCCGUUGAUUUCACUACAGACAAGAAACCAUGACUUAAGUAGGUAAUGUUUCUUAGUUGUAUUGAUCGAACUAUGACCCCCUAAAAGUAUCUACCGGUACCUUAGUACCAUCAACAUUCUGUUUACGAAUUAAACUCAACUCAACUCUAUGCGACAAUUUCUAAACAUCUAUUCUGCUACGAUUACUGCUAUCAUACUCCUUCCUUACGCAUUAUGGCAGCCCACUUAGCAGCUGUGGCCACCGAAAAAGCUCAGCCUCUUCAAGUCCAAGAGCGACAGACACCAAAGCCUGGUCCUAAGGAGCUUCUCGUUGAGGUCAAAUCCGUCGCCCUGAAUCCACUAGAUUACAAGACACGAGACUUGGGCUUUGCUAUCGGCGGAUACCCUGCUGUUUUUGGCUCAGACAUAGGAGGUGUAGUCAUUCAAGUUGGUCCUGAGGUUUCCGACAUAUUCAAGCCUGGAACUCGCGUUGCAGCCUUUGCACCCUCAUAUUUCGUCAAAGGUGCGCCCGACUAUGGCGCUUUUCAACAGAUAUCUGUCAUCCCUGCUGCGAAUGCCAGUCCGAUCCCUGACAACAUAACAUUUAAUGAAGCUGCUACUCUCCCUAUGGCUGUAGCUACAGUCUGGUCUGGAUGGGAGACUAUUGGUAUUUCUCGCGAUACCUCCUAUACCCCGAGUGAUCGGCAAGGAAUCUUAGUGUGGGGUGCAUCAUCUAGCGUUGGCAGUAUGACGGUACAGAUCGCCCGGUUACUAGGCUUCACCGUCUACGCUACGGCGAGCGCAAAACAUCACGAGUAUAUUAAGUCGCUGGGCGCAUCGAGACUCUUCGAUUACAAGACCCCUGGUGUGGAAGAUGUCAUCAUUCGGGCUGCCAAGGAAGAUAGUCUCACAAUCCAGUACGCUUACGAUGCAGUAGGCGCUCUGCUGCCUUGUCAUAAUAUUCUGAAAGCCUUGAAGGGAGAUGGAAUUGCCCACUUGGCGUCCGCACCACCGUUAAAACCUGGAGAUCCUACCGAAGAAGGGAUCCAGACCAAGUUUGUAGCUGCUUCGACUGACGAAAAGGAGCGGGCCGAGCAGUUCUCAUUUUGGUUCAACGUAUGGUUGAAGGAGAAGCUGGAAAAUGGUACAAUAGUCCCGUGCCCCAAGAUCCAAUUGGUCGAUGGAGGUUUACAUGGCAUUAAUAAAGGCUUAGAUAUAUUGACUGCGGGCGUUAGCUGCACUAAGCUAGUCCUCGAGAUCUAGUCUAUAUAGUACGCUUUGAGCAAGGCUUUGACAAGUUACCUCAGGGUAUGAACUUAUUAAUAGGUACCUACUCUGCCAGGUAUCAAUAAUAUUCCUUCGUUGUCGA